GGAAAACCCUAAUAUCCAAUUGACGGGCUUCUUGCCAUCAGACAUCCCCUGGUGAGCGCUGAUAAUUCCUGAUUCCGAUUAUUCUUCAUUGAGGACUUUUCUUGCGGGGAGUCCAAGUCUCAGAAUUGAGUGGUCAUCUUUUGCAACACUUUGAAAAGAAACAAAGGUCAUCUUUUGUAACCCUUUGAAAAGAAGCAAAGAAUUGUGAUCAUGGAAGCAAUCAAGGAGAAGGCUCUUUGGGCAAAGGAAAUGGCGGAAAAGAAGAUCAUCGAAAUGGACUUGGAUGGGGCCCAAACAUUUGCAACGAUGGCCAAGAACCUAUGCCCCGAUCUCGAAGGACUUCUCCCGUUAUUGGCAGCAAUCAACAUUUACAUUGCUUCACAAAAGAUGAUCAACGAUGAGGUUGAUUGGUAUGGAGUAUUGGAUGUUGAUCCCAAGGUAGAUGAUAAGAUACUCAGAAGAAAAUACAAGAGGCUUGCGCUUCUUCUUCACCCGGACAAAAAUCGAGCUGCGUAUGCUGAUGGGGCCUUCAAAAUCCUGUCUGAAGCCUGGAGCCAGUUAUCAUAUUUGCUCAACAGAAUCGCCUAUGACCAAAGGAGAAACGCAAUAAUCUCGUACGAAGAUAUCUCAAGUAGAUCUUGUGCUAGCUCUUAUGAUCAACGCCCCGACCUUGGCACCAACCUUAAUCAAGAUUAUGGUUCAUGGAGUUACAAUGUGGGCGCUUCGACUCAGCCAAAUACUACACCAGCUUCGCCGCCGCCACCACCAGGAGCACCCUCACCACCACUAGCACCGCGAGCGCCAUCACCCCCUCCACCACCACAAUCACAACUGCGAGUGCCACCAUCACCACCACCACCUCCUCCUACUCGUCAUUCUCCACCUCCUCCACAACCACCGUCACCGCCACCUCCACCUCAAGCAGGAGCGCCACCAUUUAGAUCGGAUACCUUCUGGACCGCUUGCAGAAGCUGUAGGACAGCGUAUGAAUAUCUUAUUGGAUUUCGGAACCGCAGACUCCGUUGUCCCCGUUGCCGAGCAAUAUUCCUUGCUCUUGAGAACCCACCUUUUAUGAAAUAGUAUUUAUCGCAUCUCUUCUGAGGCCACUAGAAAUUUCCUUAAGAGUUUGGACAAGUACAAGUAUAUCGAUAACUAAAUAUGUGUUUGCUAGAAUCAGAUUGACAUAUUUGAGUUUCUAUAAUAUUUUCAUAUGUUUGG